CGGGCCAUCCUGUUCUAUUGGGUGAUGAUAACUCGCAAUGCACUUUCUAGUAAAAGCUUUUAAAAAAUGAAUCCUUCGGCCAAGCUGGUAGAGUUGGGUAGCAAUGGUGGGAUUCCAGGGAUUCUAGAUGAUUACACAACUACCAAAAACGUGAUGAAGAGAAGUUGUGCAUUGUUAAGGAAGAGCAACAGAGCUGGGAGACACCCAGAUCUGGGUUUGAGAACUGGGUUUUUCUCAAACCCAGAUCUGGGUUUUUUUCAAACAACCCUAGAACAAAAUCCUCAGAGGCAUAACUGUCGGCAUGAUCAUGUCCCUCCCCAGGCGAACCUGACCCGUUUGAGUUAUGCGCACUGGAAUUUGACCCGGCAUACUAGCGCUCUUCCGGAUCAACCCGUCCGUCAAGCGCACCUCGAAGAGCUUGACCUCGCAGUUGGGGCAUGUCUUGGAGUUGUGUCCGUUGUGGCUGCAAUGCGAGCAGCGCCGGCUCAUUUUUGGGUCCGGGCUCGGCAGAUCGAGGAAGGGGCAAAGGGCAACUACAAUCUUGAGGUUCUUCCAAGGACAAAAAGGAUAAACUUAAGAGUGGUGAUGAAAGAAGGAAGAACUACUCAAAAGCUGAAACUACAGCAUGUUGUUCCACAACCACAAUAUUCUACAAAUCUAGAAGCACUCUGCAGUGUUGGAGCUGGAAAAUACUUUGCAGAAUCGGAGGCUCUGGAAACCCAAGAGAAAUGGUGGUUUACGGGUGAUGCCUGCAUGCAGACCAACAGAUUGAAGAUGAGAUCUAUUUUUCUUUUCUUGGAGGAGGAAAUGAGAGUUUUGCUCUGUGACAUUGGCAUUAUGAAUUGCCCAACGGUCCCAACGAAGUUUGCUGGUUCUGGCGAAGAAACUAGAAAUUGCAUAUUUUUGGCAAUGUCCCUAGCCAUACGAAAUCCCAUCUUUGGAAAGGUGCUUGAGUGUAGCCAGCAAAAACAACAUCAACACAGGAUUUGGAAUCAAGUUCAUUUCCAUGCUUUUGCCACCCAGCCUCUUUCUGGCAAAGUUGGGCAGCACCGCCAACGCCAAGCUUCGCUAAUGUGGAUGCCUUGCUUUGCUAGACAGGCAGCGCUCAUCCAUCCAUGCCUACCAAGUCACUACUCCCAUAAUUUAUCCUGAAUAAUCCCCAUGAGUUUGGAUUCAUGGGCUUGUGUUUAUCUAUAAUAACAACAAGGCACAUGUGAAUAUAUGUUCAGAUAUUUAAGAAUAAGAAAUAUGUAGGCAUAUGCAGCGAAGAAGGAAACUCCCUCAUGUUUUGAAGGGGACUGUGUGAAUGAAUAUUCGUUGCUCUC